AUUGUGAAAAAAUUUCAGAGCCUGUCGUGCUUGAUCCUGCUCGUAUGUUUGUCCUGCACGGCACUGGCUAGGAGCAAUGGACUACGACCCCCAGCGCCUCGGCAUCAUCGCAGAAGGGCAGCGGCCCUCAGCGAGUUCCUCACACCCCCACCCCCGCCACUCCAAAGAAACCGCCUUCCUCAAUUCCCCAAUAAAUCACCGUUUCGGCAGGGAAAGAUCCUGAACUCGACGCCAUCGCCUGCCCCCGAAUCCCCGGGAUUCUUCGCGAGGUUCAUGGGGUGGUUCAACCCCUGGAGCGGCGGCUCUCCACCACCUCCAGUUGCACCCACCCCCCAGCUCAAUCAUCCUGGAUUCCACGCGUCAGUGCAACAUGAAACCUAUGGACCUCCACAAGCACCACAAAUUGACACCCACGGACCUCAGCAGCAACCGCAUGCGCCCUCCCCCAAAGCCAUCCACUCCCAGCUCCCCCCUCUAUCCGACGCAAACUGCCACCCCUGCGACACAGUGCCCUGGAUCCCCCUGAUCAACGGCAUCAGCAUGAACACCAGAUACGCCGAAGGAGCCCCUGGAAUCCGGCUGGACGAGCCCCACCAAGACCUCUCAUCCCCAAACUACCACGUCCCCGCGCCCUCUCACGAGGUCAAAAUCCCGGACUUUGGUUGGGAGCGUCCUCCCGCGCCUCCCCACAACCUCCAGCACCAGACCACCGACACCUUCAACACGGACUUCCCGUCCCCCUUAACCGGACCUAUCCCGAAUCCCCACCUGUACCCUGGGGCGAUGCCUCCGCUCUUCAAAGCGGCUCCUUGGGACUCAGCACCAGCAGCGACAGAUCACAGUGAACAACUCAGGAGUAACGCAGCCUACGGAUUCGGCGGAAAUCCGCAUGCAGAAGUCCCUCCAGGACCCUUCACCCAUCAGUUUACCCCACCUACGGACAUUGCCGGUCACAUCCCACCGUCAGGGCCCUCCCACAUAGGUGGAGAUUACGUGGAUGUCCUUCCGCCUGGUGCGGAGACUGCAUCAGGUCCAGAACAUCUCCCCCCAACUCAUCCUGAAGGAACCGUCAACCCCGGGUCCUUCGGCCCUGGCGUCCAAUCCCCUGCGUAUCAACCCGCCGAGCACGAAACAGCCUCUGCAUCGUUGACUCCAGUUGUGGAGACUCAUCAGCACCAGAACCCAGGGCCGAGUGCCACUGAGCAUCACAGAACAGCUGUCAACCAGCCCACGGAAUUGGCUACGAAAGUAUCUUCUGACGGCAAACAUAUCAUUCACAUACAGCAGUCGCCAGUGAUUGAUUUAUCAGAGGAUAGUGUUGAUUGUAAGAAUUCGAAUUCCUCCCGAGACACCGCGGAAGCUCCGGUGAUCCUCCAGAAUGCCGAUGGCACUUAUGGGAUCAACGCGACCUGGCCGAGUGAUCACUCAGGUUUCGUUGGUUCAGUGAUUAGUGACAGGGACUCCACAGGGGUUUCCUCGACGGUUCAAAUAGCCGAGGAAGAACAUCCCCAGGGGCAGAGUGCGAAAGUUGCUUCGAGUGGUGAACAGGUGAAGGUGGAGGAGACCACGACGUCUUUGCUGGUGGAUGUGUUGAGAAAGUCGAGUGGGAAUAGUUCGGAAUUUGGGCAGAGGAUAGCGACGACUCCGCAGUCGUAUGAAAACUAUGAGGGGGUGGCACCCUUGGGGGAGAGGGAGGAGACGAGUACGACUGAGGAGCCUCUGUUCGAGGCCAUCAUGAAGUCUUACAGGAAUUUCCAGAAGGAACAGCAGCAGCAGGAGGAGGGAAGACCUUGGGUUGACCCCAAGGAUAUUCAUGAAGGAGCCGGGUUCACUGCGUCGUCGGGGACUGCUCGGAAUAUGAAGGAUGUGGAUCAUCAGCAGCAAGGGGGUAAAAGGAAUAAACAGGUACAGAUAAUAAUUCCCUACACCUCUCAAUACACUCCGAGUCCUUUCCACCACGGCCAGGGCAGUUGGACAGACCCGGGAAGAAUCCAGCCUCGAAAGGUUCCAGUGUUAUCCGUUCGAGACCGUUCCAAGGAGUCGAUAGAAAUCACUGAAGAGGAGAGGUCUCACAUUCUUCAGACGUUGGAGAGUCUUCCAAAGUUGAAAAAGCUCACGCGACCCUUUUCCUCGAGUAAGACUAAUACCUCUAUUGACCCCUUGAGGCUUCAGAAAAAUAUUGACAACUGGACGAUCCAAGAAUACUCGAGGGGAGCAACUGUGAGUACUGCUGUUCCCAGUCCUCCCCAUCGGCUUCAGCAGUCCAAGAAAAUUCCCGAUGAGUAUUUUACCACGACUGAACCAGUAGCAACUAUUAAGGAGGCUGAGAAGGCUUUUGGGAAUAUUUUGAAUGGUUUCAACUUCAAUGACUUGGAUCAUGAGGGCUCGGCUAGUAGUAGAGUUGAGGUUCCACAUGUUCGUGUCUCUUCAUCAGAGAAGACCGAAACCUCAUCACCAAAGCCCUCAACAGAAUCCCCAUCGAGCUCCGAAGAUCUCUCCUGGGAGCAACUUCCGGUUUCAAUUUCCCCAGUCAGUAAGGAGCGUGUGUACAUAGUUACGCCCCAGUCAGCGUCGAAACCACCAAAAUCCAAAGCUAAGUCGACAAAAGACAAAUCUCAGAGUGGAGCUACCUCAUCAGGACAGUUCGCAUCAAUCGAGAGAGCGUAUCAGGUUCUCCCAGAGGCGGUGAACAACCUGGCCGUCGCGUCAACCGGACCUGCUACCCUUCCUCUCUGGGGAAUAAUGGAGCACGAGGACUAUGCAGCUUCCAAUGUUUCUACGACUUCGCCGAAAACGCCGAUUCUCUACUCAGGUCACUCGAAGGUGUCGCAUACCAGACAAUGA